UGAUUUUAUGUUUUAUUAUUUUUAGCAAAACAAAACAAGAAAAAGGAAAGCUUUAUGUGGCUCCAAAUUAAAAUGCUGCUGAGACUACUAUCCAUCAAGCUAAAGCAAAAAGUUAUUCAGCUAUCCUAAUUGAAAUGCCAAGACCUGAGGCUAGUGGAGUUUAUUCCAAAAUUCAUGAGCGACAGCUUGGUAGCAAAACCCCGAGUUCAUUUAUCAAUGCUGCCAGAGGUUAUAUCAUAAUUGGAGUUGCUUAUUUGUUGUCUAGUUUAUACCGUUGUUUAUUGUCUCUGACUUGCACCAGAAGCAAGCAUUUCAUUCAAAGGCUAACAAAGUGGAGAGUUUUAGCUGGACACACUGGAUGUGUUAAUACAAUAUGUUGGAAUGAUAGCGGUGACACAGUUUUAUCUGGCUCUGACGAUUGUAGUCUGAAAGUUUAUCAUGUUGCAAAGAACAGACUUCUGGAAUCAAUACGAUCUGGCCACCAGGCAAAUAUAUUCAGUGCAAAAUUUUUGCCUUUAACAUCAGACAAAAAAAUUGUAUCUUGCUGUGGCAGUGGAAUGAUACAUUACAAUGAGCUAGGCAUUGACAUGUAUUAUGGUCAUAACUAUUUCAACUGCCAUGCUGGCACCACCUAUGAGGUGUCUGUCAUUCCAGGCAAUCCAAAUAGCUUUCUUUCCUGUGGUGAAGAUGGUACAGUGCGGCAUUUCGAUCUCCGCGUAAAAUCAAACUGCUAUUGUCAAGAAUGCAAAGACGAUAUUCUUGUUGAACGGCAAAGUGCAAUAACAUCAAUGAGUGUGAAUCCUUUGGCUCCUCAUCAGCUUGGAAUUGGGUGCGAGGAUAGUUAUGUACGGAUAUAUGACAUACGCUACAUUGCCUCCAGCAAAGAAAGUAGUGAUUCAAGCCAAAGCAGGAGUUCAAAGUCAGGGCUUCUUGCUCGAUUUAAACCGAAAGCGUUGCAGAAGUCUUCUUGUCGUGUGACGUCAUUGCAGUAUGAUGAGAGUGGAGAAAACUUGUUAGUCAGCUACUGCAGUGAUUACGUUUACCUGUUUUCAAUUAAUCAUCAAAACACGAAAUCGUGUGACGAGUCUGGCUCAUACGCUUCGUCUGCCAUUAAGGAUGACUGUCAGAGCGCGCCACUGAGUCGCCUACCGCCAAUUAAACGACUACGACUGCGUGGUGACUGGUCAGAUACAGGUCCGUCUUCAAGACCUGAAGAUGAGGAGCAAAUCCAGUCACGUGAUCCAAAUUCGCUAAUGCAGAGGAUUUCGGGUGUAUUUAGUCGAUGGCUUGAGGAUGCUUUACACGAUGGCAUGAAUCCAGCCCGUAGGCAAGAAACAGAUGAUGGCGAGUCGGCAAAUGACAGACCGUUGGUGUCAGACUCGGUGAGAGAAGAUAUCGUUGAGGAAAACCAUGAUAUAGAAGUUGGUUCAAAUAAUCAUGCAGCGGACCAUCUGCGUGCAGGCUCGUCGUUGACCAUUGACAGCACUUUUCAGCAGCCAACGAUCGAUGACAAUUUGCCAGAUUCGUCGCAUAUUUCUCGCUGCUGUCAAUGCUGUACUUGUUUUGAUGCUAAAUCUGUUAGUGAGGAUAGUGAUUUAAAUAAUUGCUCAAAUUGCCAAGCCUUAAUAUGUUGCCAGUGUCGUUUGAAAAGUAAAACGAAAGAAAGUUUCACUUGCAAACCAUGUACAGACCAUGCAAAAACCAAUGAAAAUGACAUAAUCUCAGCUGACAAUGACCGAUUGAAGGAAGACGCUAUGACUAAUUCAAAUGCAGGUGAUUGUGAAGCAUGUAAUGAUUGCAUCACUGACAAAGCACCAAUGCAGUCAAUGACAGAUUCAUCUAGAAAUGAUUCUUUUAAAAAUAAUCAGGAACUUGAAAGUGUUUCUUACCCCGUUGGCCAUGGCCAACACAAUUCUGCAUCAAGCUCUUCUGAAUUUUCGACUAAAGUACCGAUUGUAAACCAACAUUGCACGCAUAGGAUUGAUGAUUCCUGUCAACGUGAUCUUCCGAUUGAAGAUAACGGGAGGCAAAAGAACAGCCGCAGUGAUGACGCCAAUGUAGAAAGCCGGACCGAACGUUCUGUCAAAUUCGACAGGGAAAAUAAUAAUGAAGCGGAUGUUAAUGGUGGCUUUGCAUUGGCAACAGAGUCAGAAACUUGCUCUAAUGAAGAAAGGAUUGAUGCAGCCACCAGAAUUCAGCGUUUUUUUCGAACAUCAAGAGGAAAUGUUGAUCUUUCUGCAGCUAAAGGUUAUCAAGAUCCCAAUUCUCUAAAGGUACAUGAGCUCAUGUGCUUCAGAGGCCACAGGAAUGUGCGUACAAUGAUCAAGGAGGCCAGUUUCUGGGGCAGCAGCUUUGUUUUGAGUGGAAGUGAUUGUGGAAGAGUUUUCAUUUGGGACCGGUUCAAUGGAAGUCUUGUUGCAGUUUUAGAAGGAGAUCAACACGUAGUUAAUUGUGUACAACCUCAUCCAUUUGAUCCAGUUUUAGCAACUAGUGGUAUUGACUACGAUAUCAAAGUAUGGGCACCGUUGUCAACAGAGCCUAAUAUUCUGAUGAACAUUGAUGAGAUCAUAAGUCGAAAUGAAAAAAUGCUGGAAGAGACCCGUGAUACCAUAACAGUACCUGCUUCAUUCAUGCUACGAAUGCUUGCUGUACUUGGUCGUCGCCAAGGAAGAAGACACAGUGAGCAGCAAGAAGAUUCGACUGAGUAAACUUUUAAAGAGGAAAUUAAUUUCUUUGAAGAAUGCAUGCUUAUUGUAAUAUAUCAGUCUGAACUGCGACGUUGAUUGAAAAAUGUGAUUUUUAAUUUGUUAGCUUGAAUUGAAUAGAAUUUUGAGAGAUCCACCAGACAAAAAUCAGAAACCAUAUAAUCAUGUUAUUUUUGUUUCUAUGAGUGGUAUUUCAAUAAUGACUUGAGUCGAUCCUUGAUAAUAGCCUUGGUGGACGCAAAAAGUCAAACUGUUAGGGGAGUUGCUGUGCCAAAAGAAAUAAAAUUGAGCUUUCAUUUCCAUUUACGGUUAAGGUUACGGUAAACGUUUUCUGGAUGAAAACAUCAUUUUUUCGAUUUUUUCACAUUCAAGUAGCCGAACUUUCAAGGCACACAAUGAUACCAAAUUUGAAACAAACAGAAAUUUUUAAAGUAGAAAAAAUCCCAUGUAAACGAAGGUUUUCAUAAUUUCUUUAUCAAAACUUUUAGUUGAGGCCUGAAAAUCUCUUGACCUGUUAAGCCGAUUAUCGUUGCUUUGCGGUUGUGGUCGCAUGUCUCAUUUACAAUAUCGCAUGGCACAUCCAUAUAUCCAAUGUACGGCCGUGUUUAUUUAACCAGGCUUAUUGAUCUUAAAUCUUCAAGUGACUUGACCCGGAUUACACUGUGGUUUACGAGUGUAUCUUGCAAGUGCGAUCAGUAAAAUCCCGUUUUCUCCGGACUCGAAAUUCCUCUACAUGAAGGUACGAAAAAGCUAUUAUGUACCCAAGGAACCAAUCGAAUGGCUCAAAAAUUUGCACACGGCCAGGGUAAACGUUGGGCAAACAAAGUGUGUCUCAAAAUUUUUUUUUUCUCUGGUCCGUCUUUUAUACCCAAAUACAGCUGCGGGAGGGUGGAAAAAUUAUUUGCCAACUUUUGACAGGGUAUAGUUUCAAGAAGAGGAGAAAUUUAAAAAAUCUGAGACACACUUUGGUAGCUUAGGACCUGCACAUCCUGCUGGUCUAAGUCAGAUUUUGUUACCUCAAACGCAAGGGUACACAAUAGCUUUUGAAGGUGGUACACUUUUUGACCAGUAAAUUCGCAUGGAAAAUAACAUUUAACAUUAUUUGCCAAUACAUUUAUCUGGCUAGAUACGCCAUAAUCUUGUGCAUCGAAUGAUAUAUAGUUUAUCCAGAUUCCUUGAGCCGUUUGGCCUUUAGGAAGGAAAAACCAAUUUUCGUGUUCAAAACGUUUACCGUAACCUUAAAAGAGAAAAUUUGCAAGAUUUUUAUAAAAGUUACAGAUUAAUUUUUUUCCAAUGUUUUAUUAAAGCAGGAAGGAAGAGAGGAUUAUUUUGUGCGUUCAGUAAUUUCUACCCAUUGAGUAAAUACUGAACUUAUGUACCUUUUUAACCCUCUUCUUUAUCAUGAAUUUAACCUCAAUGCACCAGGUCUUACGAAUGUUUUAGGUUUUAAACUUAAAGGUUCUAUUAUUACCCAAUUGACAGCAAUAAGCAAAACGUUAAACUUGGCAGAAUCACUUGACACAUUAUGGAUAUCAUUUUCUUCACAAACUGAAUUGCAGUUGUUUCUAUCUGAUUUCUGAAACAAUAGACAGAAAAGUGUCUUUGUGAAAUGGGAAUGCCCUGGAUUGACGGCUUUUCUUACAGACGUAGCGCAAGGAUCUGUUCUUGGACCGUUAGUCUUUCUUGAUUAUAACAUGGUGUUUGCAUAGAUUUGAAUCGUUAAGUGAUAUUCUGUUUAGAUGGCACCUUAUUGUUAUACGCGAUUUAAAAUGUUGCAAUAAAAGAAAAGGCGAUUGGAGGAUUUUCUAAAGGGCAUUGGAUGCCACUGAGGGUUGUUGGAUAAAAGCCUCUUGCAACGGUUUAGAUUAUUCCAAAUCGAAUUUCCGAUAUCAUUGUAAAGGUUGCAAAAAUGACAGUUCUAUUUCAAGCCAAUGUUCCC